AUGAGAGUUAACCUGCUUGCUGCAAAUACCUACACAGACACUACCUUCCACAUGACAGGUAACUCCAGACCAGAAGUUGGAAUCUAUGCCCCAGAAGCAGUCACGGUGUAUCACUAUGACAUGGAAACAGAGAGUGGCCAGCUCUUGCUCUCAGAAUUAAAGUCUCGGCCUCGCAGCGAGCACUACCCUGCAGCAGUUAAUUGGAGUGCUUAUGCCAGAGGCAUCAAGCCAUACUUGUCCAAGCAGGCAGACUUUCCUGGACAAUUUAUUUUGAUGAAUUACUUCACUGAGCUUAAGGCAAACACAGGAAAUUAUACAGUUUGCCAGAAGGACCUGUGCUGUCAUUUGACUUAUAAGAUAACUGAAAAACGAACAGAUGAGGUUUAUGUACUGGGUGCUUUUGAUGGACUGCACUCAGUAGAAGGCCAGUAUUACUUACAGAUAUGCACAUUCCUGAAGUGUCAAACCACCGAUCUGAGAACUUGUGGGGAGCCUGUAGGGUCAGCAUUUACCACGUUUGAAGAAUUCUCCCUCAGUGGCACAUUUGGAACGAGUCAUGUUUUCCCACAGAUUGUCUUAAGUGGGAGCCAGCUUGCCCCUGAAAGACAUUAUGAGGUUACUAGAGAUGGACAACUAAGGAGCCAAAGUGGAGCCCUUUUGCUUGUCUUAGUUAUGGCUGUAUGGAAGAGUGAGAAGGAUCCUCCAUGCUUAGGGCAGGGACCUGGUAAAUUAAAAUGAUAUCCUCUGACAUGGGGGUAGGUGGAUAGAAAUGGAACAAUAUAUGAAAAGGAACCAGAGAACAGGUACAGCACCAUAUCUGGAUAUAUUUUUCCAAACAUUCAGCUCCACCAUUAUCCUAGAAUAAUGGUUGACCAUGAUUGAGGUUACUUCUUGGUAGCCAAUCCUAAAGGUUAUCCAGAGGCUCAACUACAUCUCACUAUAGUUUCAGUUUCAUGCAAAAA